AAAUUAUCAAUACCAAACAAUGUUACACAAAAAUUGUUAUACAAGAUAUUGUAGUUGUUAGAGUCAAUACAUUUUAUUUUAUCAAUACAACCAGUUUUCACCGCCGGAGAAAAACUUCAGGUUUUAGUUACUUCUCUAUUGUUGCAAAGACUUUUCCCAAAGGGAGAUGCAAAGAGUAAAACCUCUCUCAUCUCAAUAGAGGAUGAUUCAAAGAUAACAUCGUGUUUACGGAGGUUACGCAUGCUGUCAAUGGCCCACAGCAAUGCAUAGAGGUCAGCUUCCUCUUUUGAGCCAAUAAAGGAAUAGGCUCUUCUGCUCUGGAGAAUCGCAGUUCCAGGAGGGUCUCUCAGAAUCCAGGAUUCACCACACUGACGACGGCCAUUGAUCCAUGAUGGGCCUACAUUGCACUUGACAAACCCGUCAGACGGUUUACUCCAUCCUUUUUUCAUCGAUCAAGGGCCCAACAUUCAUAUCUAGUUUUUUGCCACAAAAUUUCCUUAUCGAUAUGUGAUUAUUUUUACUUUCUUUUGUAUAUUUUAAAAGUUAUCUAAUCUUUCUCCCUAUAUAUAUGGUAUAUUACGUGUUCCUCAAUCUCUAAACCUAACAAGUUCUUACGUCUCUCUCCAUUACCUAGCAAACCAAGCAGUCACUUUUCCUUUCUUAAAAUCUUCUCCAUGGAAUCAACUAACAUAGCUGAAGCAGCUCCUACUGCGAUUGAAGCCACGAACCCUUUGAAUGAAGGUCAGAGAGAGCUUUCGGAUGAGUUCAAUACCAAACUGAAUCUAGAGAAUCAGAAUGAAGAAUCUGAUGAAAAGAUGCACAUGGAGGCAGAUUAUUCUUCUUCCUCAGAUAGUUCCUCAGAUGAUUCUGAUUCUGAGGAAGAGGAGGGGCCCAUGAUCGUUAAUCCACAGCCACAGCCACAGCCACCAAGAUCUACUACUACUGGAGGAUCAAGAACACUUUUUGCUGGCAAUCUUGCGCUCCAAGUCAAAAAAUCAGAUAUCAAGGAGUUCUUCCGAGAAGCUGGCGAAGUUGUUGAUGUUAAAUUUGGUAUGGGACGUGAUGAUGGCAGUUUCAGGGGAUUUGGCCAUAUUUUGUUUGCUUCUCCUGUAGAAGCACAGAUGGCGCUGGGAUUUCAGGGUAGAACUUUGCUCGGUCGUCAAAUUCGGCUUGACAUGGCUCUAGAAAGUUCAGAAACCAGGUGCUUUGGUGGUAACUUGUGGUAGAUCAAUCAAGAAUAACUAAAGAUAAUAACUAAGGGGGGUUAUUAAUUACUGUACAAUCUUUUAGAUCAGGCUAAUUAUGAUUUAACCGAUGCUAUUGAGUAUCUCCUUUUUGGGUUUUUUUCUCUUUUUCUUUGGUUCUUUUACGUAAGAAAUCAAGGGAGAUUUCUAUAUUUGUGUUAUCAUCUUCACAUCCGACUUUUUUAUAUCUCUAAUAAUAUCCACCUCCUCCGUUUGCAUUCGUUCUAUAACCGGCAGCCAAUUAUACGAGCAAAAAUUUCAUAAAGAUUUAAAACGAAGCUUGUUGUAUCUGUGGCAGAUGUUGGAACUAUGCAUUUGACAAAAACAGAAGACUGGCCUUUCGACUUUUCGGUGGUUUUUUUGCGGUUCGGUCAUGGUCAUAGCCGGAUUAAUGGUUUACUGAAAAGCUUAUAACAAGUAUUACAAUCUAUUAUAUUCAAACGUUAAAAUAAAGUUAAAUUGAAUAAGAAAUAAUAUGACGAAUUCGUAAUCUCGGAAUGAUCAAAAGACAACCCAAUUUUCAUGUUUUGUCCCACAUCGCCCAGGGAAAGCUUUAUUUCCUUCGUGUAUAUAUGUCAUCACACAAGCUAAAAUGUUUUGGUAUUUUAUCUGGAUCCAAAAAUUUGAGUUCGAACCUGAUCCGAAAAACUUUAAUCAAAACCAAAUUGAAAUAUAAAAAUACUCGAAUGAGUAUUCAAUUAGGAGAAGUUGAAUAUCUAAACAUGAAUGAAUAUCCGAAAAUAACUAAAUAUAUGUAUAUUUAACCUUAUAUUCCUUGUUUUUUUUGUUUUUUUAUUCAAAAUAUUUAUAUUGAUGAUAUGCAUAAUUUAACAUCCGAUAAUGCAUAUAUAAUUACGGAUAAAAUGAUUUUCUACUGGAUUAAAAUGAGUAUCAACCUUCUUGUUUCAUACAUUAACAAAAGUAACAUUCAAAUUCUCAGAACAACAACCAAGUUAAUAUCUUUCUUUUUCUAAUUUUUUUUAAAAAAUUAUUAAUCGUCCAAUCUAUUAAAUAUUAAAAAUCAGUUAAGUUGGUGGUAAAUUUUUUGAGUAUAAGAAACUUUAGCAAUGAAGAAUUUCAAUAUUUUUCAAAUUAUAAAUAUCUGAACCCGAUCAGAAAUAACUGAACCAAAACUAAAAAUAUUUGAACUCGAGCCGAUUUAUAAAAAUACUCGAACGGUUCUAGGCCCUUAUAUCGAAAUACUCAAAAACUAAAAUAUUCAAUCCAAAUUCAAACAGGUAUCAAAAUACCCAUGCCUGCAAACCAUAGUUUAAAAGCUUAAGGUGAUGUCUCUCCCCCACCUCCCCUCCCAUUUUCGCUUAAAGUUCGGCUUGAACUUUACCAUUGCGAACUGUCCCACUACAAAAUGCUUUCAACAUUCAUAACCACAUAAUAGAAAAUUUAUAUGUUUUAUAUAAAAAUAAUA